UACAGAUGUAAUUCGCACCUGUUCAAUAACAGUCGAAGCAGGUAAACUACUAAAAUGGCCGAAAAGAAAUCGGUAAUUGGUUUAAUUUUCGCAAUAGCGGCUGUGGCGUUUAUGGUUGGAUCAUUCGCCAGCCCGUAUUGGAUAGAAUCUUUUUCUAAAUCUGAAAACAGAUUUGUCAAAUGCGGAUUAUGGGAGUUUUGUUUCAAUGACUACACGUUUUGGAAGGACUACAAUGGAAAACGAUACCUUGGUUGUUGGUAUAUCUUUUCUGACCAAUACAGACCAAUCUGGGAAUGGCUAUCACCACCAUGGUUUAUUGUAUGUCAAGUUAUGGUCAGCGUAUGUCUGCUGUUUCAUGUCAUCAUCACAUUUGUUCUCAUUCUUAUGGUGCUGAACUGUUUGCCGUACUACCUGAAGGAAGUUAUCCUCAUGGGAAUUAGUUUUGUCUACUUUUUUGUUGUGCUGGUGGGAUUCAUAGAAAUGGUUUUAUUUGGAGUGAAAAAAGAAGAUCGAGGCUGGAUGCCGAGACCAGACCAGAACUAUUUAUCAUGGGGAUAUGGAUUUUUUGUUAUUUCCAUCAUUUUCACACUGAUAGCAGCAGUAUUGCUCUUGCUUGCUGGCAGGAGCAUCAAAAAUGAACUAAGGGAGGAUUAUCCUCACAAAAACUAUUACAAAUAGACCAUUCAUACUUAUCUCUCAAAAGACACUUUCUCAAGCAAUGUAUAAAAAACAAAACUUAUUUUAACAUACCAAUUUUUCAACUUGAUUUUUGUCGAGCCUUCCACUUUUAUCGAAAAAGCGAGACAUAGCAAUCCUACAUUCCGUCGUCGUCAUCGGCGGCGUCCACAAAUAUUCACUCUGUGGUUAAAGUUUUUGAAAUUUUAAUAACUUUCUUAAACUAUCCUGGAUAUCUACCAAACUUGGACAGAAGCUUGUUUAUGAUCAUAAGAUAGUAUCCAGAAGUAAAUUUUGUAAAAAAAAAAUUCCUGUUUUUCCAUAUUUUACUUAUAAAUGGACUUAGUUUUUCUGCCAGGAAACAUUACAUUCACUCUGUGGUUAAAGUUUUUAAAAUUUUAAUAACUUUCUCAAACUAUCCUGAAUUUCUACCAAACAUAGACAGAAGUUUGUUUAUGAUCAAAAGCUAGUAUCUAGAAGGAAAUUUUUAUUAAAAUUUUGUACUUGUUUAUCCAUAUUUUACUUAUAAAUGGACUUAGUUUUUCUUCCAGUUAACAUUACAUACAGUCUGCAGUUAAAUUUUUUAAAACAUUUAUUAGAUUCAUAAACUAUCCUGGAUUUUUACCAAACUUGGACAGAAGCUUCUUACAAUAAAAAAAUUGUAUCAAGAGGAAUAUUUUUAUUAAAUUUUUUCCUCAUCUCAUUUUUGUUGAGCCUGCGAUUAACAGCAAAAGUAGGCGAGACACUGGGUUUUGUAUAAAUUCAUUGAAAUUUGAUUAAAUGGAUAAAUGGAUUAUUUUUUUUUUCAAAUUUUGCAUCAAAUUGUUUUUACUUUUUACUUAAGAAAACAUGACAAAUUUCAGAUGAUAUAUUCACAUUAUGCAUAUCUUUUUUCAGGUGUUUUUAUUUUAAAGGGCUUUUUUAUGUUCUUCCCUAAAUAGGCUAGUCAGUAAAAAAUAUCAGAAAGUAAAAGUCUUUAUAGUUUCUAGGUUUUGUCUUCAUUGAAAAUGUGAACAUGUAUGUUUAAAAUAUCAUACAUUAUAUUGCAAACUGUUAAUUUAAAUAAAUUUCAAUUUUUAUUUAACAUUAAUAUUUAAACAAAAUCAAAUUUUAUAGAGAAAAAAUGUAAAUGUUUAAAUGAUUGUGGUAUUAUUUAGUAUAUUUUGUAUAGGUUGUAAUAUGUUACAUGUAUUAAUUGCAUGUGAAAUGAAAUAUAUCAGCUGUCAUAUAUAUGUUCAGGCUUUUUAUAUGUUGCACAUUGUAUAUAUCUUCAGUAAGUGCCAUUUUAAUUCUUUGAUCAUUUUGUAAAGAUAUUCUAAUGUGUUAAAGUUUAGCACAUCUUGUAGAAAUAGUUUUUAUCAUUGACAUUUUUCUCUUUGAAGAAUUAUACACAUGAUACAGGAAUAAAACACUUUUAACAAUUUAUUUUUGAUCAAAGGGAGAUAAUUUUGUAUAAUUGCAUUAUUUUUGCUUUCACAGCCUACAACUUGGAUUUAUGUAUAUUUGGAUCUAAGUUAUUUGAUAUUGUUUCAUACAAAUAAUAGCUGACAAGGGGAAUUUCACAAAUCAAAAAGUUAACUGGUGAAGAUACAUGUAGUACCAAUUCAAUUUUUUUACAAAAGAGUGCAGUAUAAAACAAUCCUUUUAACUAGUCAGUUAAAAUGCACAGAAUUAACAGAUAAGAAACAGCAUUUUGUCAUUAUAUAUCAAGGGUGUAUAUUUGGCCUAAAAGUAAAAAGAAGGCAAAUUAGCUACUGUAAUUAUUUUUCCAAUAAAACAGUAGAAGAUACAUUCCAUUUUUUGUGUAGUUGAACAUAUCAAUUGUUAUAUAAUGUGUAAUUGACUGUGUGUACAUUACUUAUAUGUACAGAAAAGUCGUUUGUAAUUAUUUUUAUAACCUUUUUUACUCAAGUUUUGUACAUAUGUAUAUACCAGAAUCAUUCAUUUUCAUUUUAGUACGAUAAAUUAAUAUUUACCAUUUCUUUAUGAAAUGUAUAUGCAACAUACAAUUUAAAAAAAAAAAGUUAGUUUCUUAUUGGAAAAUUAAAUCAGAAAAAAAAUUUCAAUUAGAAAGUCAUUAAAUUCAAGACAUGUAUAAAUAACUUUUCAGAGAUACUUAUAAGAGUCCACCAGAUCUAAUAUGGUUGCUAUGCUAGGUGAUUAGUUAGUUUUACUUUGAGGAUAGAUUACAUGUAUUAUAAAUUAUGCAAAUAUGUUUUUUUUUAAUUGAGAUACUUAAUUCAUCAGUCAUCAAAAAUGGACAUUUUAUAAUCGAUGUAAAGAAUAAAAUUAUCUUUCUAA